AUGGCCAAGAACACAAGAGCGGCGUGCCGUCAUCCAGACUGUACUAAGCAGGCAAUAUUCGGUGCGCCGGGCAAGAGACCCGAGUUCUGCAGCCAUCACGUCCAGGACGACACUAUGGUCGACAGAAAGAACCCCAGGUGCGGUCACCUAGGGUGCGGCAAAGUGGCGUCGUUCGGCGUGGCGGGUAGCACGAAACGCGAGUUCUGCGGCCGGCACGCUCCCCGCCCUACCAUGGUGGACCUCGUCAACGUUUCGAAGUGUGGUCACCCGGGCUGCGCCAAGCACCCGUCGUACGGCGUCGAAGGUAGCAAACAGGCUCAGUUCUGCUCGGCGCACGCGCCUGAAGGAAUGACUAACCUUCGUUCGAAGAGAUGCAGCCAUCAAGGCUGCACCAAGCAGCCGUCGUACGGCGCCCAGGGAACAAAUAAGGCAGAGUUCUGCCUUCUUCACGCUUCCCCGGGGAUGGUCGACGUGUCCAGCAGGAAGUGCAGUCACCCAGGGUGCACAAAGCAUCCGUCGUUUGGUAUAGACGGCGACAACAGGGCCAGGUUCUGCCUCAAUCACGCUUCACCGGAGAUGGUCAACGUCGUUCGCAGGCGAUGCAAGACCCAAGGAUGCAUGGCGAAACCGUCACAUGGGGCCGAAGGCACCAAACGGGGUGAAUUCUGCCGCCGGCACGCGCCGCCUGGUAUGGUCAACGUUGUUUCCAAAAGAUGCGAGCACUCCGGGUGCUCCACUCUCGCCUCGUUCGGCACCGAGGGUAGCAAAACGCCUCGGUUCUGCAAGCGGCACGCGCCGCAGGGGACGUUCAACGUGUCCAAGAAUAGGUGCAGGCACCAAGACUGUUGGAAAGAAGCGUCGUACGGCGAGCCAGGGAAACGCCUCAAGGUCUUCUGCGCUCUCCACCGUACAGUCGGCUCGGUGGGUUUGAAUACAUUGAAGAAGAGGGCCGGCGGGCGUGAGCGUGGGAGCUCGGCAGGGAAUGGCGAAAUUAAGCUAGAGCAAGGUGCGGAACCCUUCGUGGGCUUCGUGACAAAACGAAGGAGACUGAACGGACUCGCCGCAAGUUUGGCUCCAGGUGGGAAAGCGUUUCGAUUCGUUGCAGCAGGCCGAUUAUCGUUGGGAUUUUGGAGGGUGAAUAAGGUGGUUGCUUCUGUCCAUGCGUUCGCCAUCGUGUCGAAACCACUCGCCACGGUUCUGGACGACACAGACCGGUGCUCUCGUGGUUUGGAUGUUUGUCUCAGCCUUUCCUCGUCUGCAGCAGUGGGUCGUUGCUCGAUCACAACCCAUUGA